GUGUGUUCUGUGUCCCGCGUUCCUCUUGUGAUCGUGUGUAAUUGCGCAUCCGUUAGGGCGUGCUUGUAGGAGUGUGUGCCUUUUGUCUUGAGUCGGCGACUGAUGUGUCGUGUUAUGUUCCGUACCGGGUUGAACCUCUGGUUGACGUGCUUUGUUUGGGGCAGUGACACAUAAUUGCAAUGGCCUCUUGUGAUCUAUUCUUUGUUUCCGCGGGUCUUUUGCUGCGGUGUUGUGUAAUGCAACUCAUUUUCUCGUAUCACGUACAACGCCCCUUCGUCGUUGGUUGUACGCAAUGCUUCCGUCGUGGUCGACGCCGUUGUACUGUCGCUUGUCCACAACGAAGAAGAAGGAAGCCACCAACCCCAAGCGGAAGAAAAAGUCCAAGUCCAGGAAGUCGCCACCCCCAGAGCUGGAGGAGGAGAGCGGUGACGAGGAGGUGGUGUGGACGGAAAGGGGGAUGGAGGACUACGAAACGUCCGACCACUUCACGAGGCGCAACAAGAUGUCAAAAGACAUCGGGCGUGGAGUUUCGUUGUCGGCAGAGGCUCGCGCCGCGCUGCCAUCGUUGGACAACUUCAUGUCGCACCAGAACCCUACCAGCGGGGAGUUUUCGCUUGACCUCAUCUUGGAGAAGUGCUUGGACCUCACCUUCCCGCAAAAGGCGCGAAAGUUGUUUUUGGAUAAGACGAACGCCUACGUCAAGCACUGCACGACGGCGCCGCCGCCCGGGGAGGAGGACAAGCGGAAGCCACACCAGAUGAAGAAGUCCGCCACGCUCGGUCGCGUCACGCUCGGGGAGCGGUCCGAGGAGCGCAACACCUACGGCAUGUUCGAGGAGCAGCACAUCGACGGCAUGAUCGCCAGUUGCAUCACCAUGGGCCCCACGAAGAAAGUCCGGAUGCGAAAGCACUGAAGCCGGUCCGCCCACGACAACU